AUGAACAAUAUGCAAUACCCGGUUGGGGAAGAACCGAAACAGGUUGGAGCUUCUUCGGAUGUUCUCCGCGUUGAUUUUGCCACAUGUCAAAAUUAUUUGAGACCAUUUGGCCUCACCUAUGAGCUGAAUAGUACUCACAUCUGCGCUGGAGCUAAAAAUUUGGUUGAUACUUGUAAAAGUGGUUCGGGCGGGCCGCUGGGUUACACCGACAUCUACAAUGGCUCGUCUCGGCUUGUGCAGUACGGUGUGGUAUCGGUUGGGGUUUCGAAUUGCGGCGAACGAAAUGUACCGGGAAUCUAUGCCAACGUCUCUCAUUAUAUGCAAUGGAUAACAGAUCACGUAAGGCCAGAGUAA